GGAAAUAGUAGCCCACUAUGGAGCCGCCCCGUCUAAUGGCGAGCUAACAGCAGCAACACUAAGCGACUUAUACUCACUCAGGAUGUGUUAUAACGCCUAAACGCGUCAAUAAUGUAGAUGUACAACUCCGCCAGUCUAACUUCGGGCUCGUUCUCACAGUGCUGAUAAUGCCGAAGAUGAAACUACGGAUGAAUGUGAGCGAGGAAGGUGGCGACGAAACGACAGAAGAAGAUGUAUUGGAUCCGUCGGAGCGCCAACAUAUGCCCAGGGUGGUCUCUCCCACUUCGAUGUCCAACAGGCUGGAGCAUUCGCCCAGAGCUCAUGUAUAUCCAGCUCAGCUGGACAAGGAGACAGUUUUUGAGUGGUUUGGCCUACAUCUAAACCCUGCCAAGCGAAUCGAGUUCAUGUGCGGGCUGAUGCAUAUGUGCCAACCCCUGGAGCUUCGCUUUUUGGGAUCUUACUUGGAGGAUCUCGCCAGGAAAGAUUAUCAUGUUUUACGGGACUUUGAGUUUCGUGCAAAUAAUCCACACGAGUUGGGGGUUUUAACGGACUUAAUCGACCCGGUGGUGAGGUCCAAACUACUGGUAUGUCUAUCCCUCCUCGGAUCUGACAGCAGGGAGUGCGCUGGGAUACUCUUUCGCAUACUGAGCCAUGUAGAUUCGUCCCUGUUCUACAAAAAAUACGACUACUCCCUUCCUUUAUUCAGGGACCCCCACCACCACUCGUUCCAUACGGAUGGAAAUGCUUGCAAACAAACAUGCGGGGUCUCUAGCAACGAGAUCCCCGCAGGACCUUUGGACCAGUUAGCGCUGCUUUUCAGUAUGGCCUCUUUACACCCAGCUUUUCAUUUUCACCAGCGGGAGUCUCUUCGGACACAUCUUGAUAAAAUUGAGCUCGCAAUAGAAGAGGAAAGACGUCAUUUUCAUCGAAUUGCACAAACAACUGAGCUGCCUGGCCAGAAGGUUGAAUAUCCACCAUCUUCAUCUCUAGGUUUAGGGGAAUCUGCAGACCCUCAUCUACCUUGUCAGAGUCGCCGCUCCAAACGCAAUGUGUUACAAAGAGAAGCGGUGCAUAUAGAGACAAUAGUGCUCAAGUGUAUCUCUCUAACCAGGAUAGACAAGGAAUACAACUUUGAGGUGAAGUGGUCAGACUCCUCUUCUAGUAAUGUGACCAAAACCCAUCUAGAACUGGAAAAUUUUCUUUUUAAGCUUCCUAAAGAUCAGUGCACUGAAUCAUUUGCGAAGAGCCUCCUGAGACUUUUGAGCCAGGGUGGCCACUAUGACAGCAGAGAGGGCGAGAAAAGCCUCAGGGAAAAGUUCCUUGCUGCUCCUCCAGUUUUCAGACAGACCAGGAAAGUAUGCAGCUUCUUCAAUUGUGACUCCAGUUACUCUACAAAACCAUCAAGUUGCCGUUGUAACUGUCAGCUAGGGAAAAACUUACAAGGCGAGUGCUCUGAUGCUUCUAGUCAGGACGAAGACAUAGAAUCUUACAGCCAGGGGCACAAAAAAAAGCACGGGGUGAAGAGUGCAAGUCAAAGUCUGUCGAGUGCCAAAGCCCCGCAGGGAGAGAGUCGAAGGGGGCCUCAUGUCUCUGAACUCGGUGGUCCAGUAGAAAGGAGGAAGAGAGGCUUCAACCUGAGAAACGUGGCAGAGCCUGAACAGGACACAGAGAAGAGAAGCCACCCAGGAGCCAAAACCAAGGGCAGAGUCCUGCCAGCAGACAGAGAGACCGAGAAGGGAUCUUCACAUGUGACCAAUGGUAAUAUGAUACCAGCUCAUUUGCCUCAGAAGAAAGGUUUGGUAGCUGCUACAUGUUCUGGUCCAGACACUUUAGGUGAAACGUCAUCAGAGAGUUACAGUUCUCCAUCAAGUCCUCAACAUAGAGGAGCAGAGAGUCUGGAUAGUGAGGAUGAUCAUAAUAAAGAUACUGACAGCCACUCGGAUGACUUCUGCAAAGUACCAGGACCUGGCAUGUGUUUCGCCCAUCAAACUGAUGCAAAUGUCGUGGAAAACCCCAUGUCUAUCCACUCUUUGUCCCCCAACAACCACACAGCUCAGAUAGACUUUAACAGCCCAGAGAACAGCAUACCAUUCUCUCCUCUCUUUCCUCUUUCCUUCAUGCAUCCUCUGCCUGACGUGCUCCCUAAUGGCGCGUGUGAGCCUCCACUUGCUGUGCCUCCGCCUGCCAACCAAAGCAUUCUCCCGGACGGAAAGCCACCUUCUGGUCCGCUGAUGAUGCCCAUGCCUCCGGGGGUUCCAGUUAUGCCAACACCUGUGGAAGCUGAAAAAAGGGACAUUAUGCCAACUUUUGGUAUUUCUUCUUUGGGCUUCCAGCCUGGUGCGCAGCCUCAGAUCCAGAGGUUUAAAACAGCUUUGCCCCAUAGCCAAAGUGCUCAUGAUGGCUUAUCAGAGAGCACUUCAACUCCUCUGACAAGGUCACUGCCACUUGGAGAAGCUUCACAUGGCAAGCAUCCUGGUCUGAACUUACCGUCUGCUUUGCCGUCGCCCUUCGCACCUGCAGCUCCUGGACACGGGCAAACAGGCGUAGCACCGGCUGCACCCACGCACAGUCCAUGCCCCGCUCCCAGUCCCAGCCCAGCACUUGCUCACAGCACAGCACUUAGUGACUGUCUAUCUUACAGCAACGCCGGUGCUUCCUGUGGAAGUGGCUGCGACAAUCCUAUCGCUCUUCAACAAACCCCGCCGCAACAAGUGCCCUCCCAGCAGUCCCCAGCAGCACCACAACAGCAGCAGCAGCACCUGCUCGGCUGCGGGACUUGCGGCUGCCACAACAACUGCGGAGGUCGAGGAGGCGGCGGGAACGGCACGAGUGGCUGCCAAGCGCCGCUCUUCUUCCCCAACCACCAAAUGGCGGCGGCCGUGCGGCAAGUCUUCAGCGUCCCGCCUCCUCUCUUCCAUCUCACGAGCCUGUGGAUCAACAGCUACCUCACCCAGGGCCAGCCGCCCCACCAGGCCAACGGGGCCGCCGCCCUGCCCGCCUUCUACCCCACCGCUCCGCAUCCCGGGCACCCUUCGGCCUACGGCCCCCUCCACUCGCAUUCUCAAAGUCACACCGACGUGCCAUCGCACAUGCUGAGCACGCAGGUGGUAGCGGCGGCGGCGAGCUACAACUUCCAGCAGCAUAUGACGCCGGCCGCGUCCUUCCAACGCAUUUACCAGCAGGUCUAUCCCAAUCCACUUCAAGCCGCUACCCUGGGGGGCGGUGGAGUCAAUAAGAAAAACGGAAGCGUGUCCUGCUCCAACUGCGGCGUGAGCGGGCACUACGCUCAGGAGUGCAAUCAGCCCUCCAUAGACUCCACACAGCAAGGUGGCUUCCGGUUAAAGUACACAGCUUCACAUGUUGCCGAGGCACUCGACGGCGCUGACUAACAUAAAAUUAAGGACUCGUUUCCACGGCAACGGCAAGCCGCCCUUCCUCCCGAUGCUUCCGUUCAGAGAACGUGUGACCUGCUAAGGGCUCAGCCGUCAAAGCCGAGGAAAAAGUAUUUGUGCCUAAACUUUGUUCACAGGAAACGAUUUCAAAUGUCUCGUGCACACGUUGUCCUCCCCUUUCAGUUGAGUUUGGAUAUUUUUGCACUGAGGGUUGGAAAAUAUUUAACUUAUUGUUAUUAUUGUUCUUAGGGCGCUUUUAGAGACAGUUUUAAAAGUAAAAACUGAGCGACAAGACAAAAUACGUAUGCUUCUGAAAUAAAAAGUGGUAUUUAUGCUUUGUCAACAUUACUGUUCAUAGGAGGGUUUUAUUUAUCCCACUGAUUUUUUUCUGAUAAAAACAUUAAUCACAUUAGAAUUGUUAAGUAAAUAACUGUUUUGAUCUCACUGUUAAGUUUUUUGAAUGUACACCUCAUUUAAAAGGUCUGGAGCUUAUUUUGCCACUCAAUGACAGUUGUUUGAUGGGUAUGUGAAGGUAGUUGCUGCUUUGAACUUUUAUUUUGACUGCAUUUUCAAAUGCUUCGUUCCUUAAUAUGCACUACAACACAGGAGGGGAUACAUAUUUCAAGCCCAAGUUCUACUUUGUGUUCACAUUGGUUGUCUUUGUUGUAUUGUUAUUUUGCCACAUGCUAUUUGAACGCCAACAUUUCAAUUAAGACGUGGCAACGGAUAAUAAAGAUGAGGUUGCUAAUUGCCUUGUUGUUCAACGAUCAUAGGAAGUAGUUUCUGAAAAGCACAGUGGCUCAAACUAUCAAAAAAAGAAUGGAUUCACUCAUUGAAUCCAUUUAUUUACCUACAAAAUCCUAAUUUGGCACAAAUAACCGAUGUACAGCGAAUGUCAAUGUUAUCGCUUAAAAUUAUAAAUCAUUCUGAACAAAUGUUGAAUUAUCAGUCAUGAUUAAACACUUGAUUGUAAUUACGUAUAUUUAAAAUUUCAUUGGUUAAUCAAGUGAAAAAUUGUUCAAGUUAACAUCUGUUUUCAACAGGAACAUUGAUGGAACACAGUUACCGGUUUUAGGUCCGACCACUAUACGUUUUGUCCUCAUUUGUAAGACAACUCAAUACACUAGAAUGACAAAAGUAACAAAAAAACACUUUCAUACCAUUUUUGUGUCCAUCAAGGAUUUUGAAUAAACGUUCUACGGUUUGGUUCGGUUCAGCUUGGAAGUCAUUAUCAUAUGUUUUGUCUCAACUUCUUUGUGUUCAUGAAAGCUGCCUGCUGUUGCAAUGAAGAACUAUGCAUGUACAUUUCUUUCACAUUAUGUUGUAAAUGUUCAAUAAGAGUCAGGAUAAAUAUUCUGCACUCACUUGUGUCCCACACCGCUUCCAAGAAAUGACUUCCUUUCCAACUUGAUCGACGGAAUCACAAGCAUUGCUGAUGUCCACAAGUUAGACUUGUAAAGAGGGAAGCGCUGUGUAAAUAUACUUUGCAGAGGGGAAACUUGAGUGUUGUGUUGACCUCAGUGUUGUGAAGAAAAAAAAAAAAAAAAAAAAGUACUGUUCAUUUGCUAGAGGUCGCUCUUGUUUUCAGCUCAGUUGAAAUGUUUACUGUACUCUUUGAUACUGGAAGGCCAGAUAUAUUUCUAGAGCAGAAUUUGGAUUUUAUGCAAUUCGUUUUCAUUUCAAAUAAAGCAAUAAAUGGACAAAAAAAAGUCUUACGUGAAUGAUUUUUUGUUUUUGCUUGAAUGUUUUGACUGCUUCUACUGAUGAAUUGUAAGUCCUCGUUUUAUCAAUAUUCCAGCUAAAGCAAAUGAACAAAAGUGCAUGUGUAAUUUAAUGAGAAAAAUGUUCACAACCACAUAUCACAGUAAAUAAUUACCAUUUGCAAUGCACACAUUCGCUCAUAAAUGUGUCAGCGUUACAU